AUGUUAAUAACACUCGAACGAGAAAAAAUAGACCUAAUGAAGAAAGAUUUAAAUCAAGACGACGACGACUUAAACUGGUUCAAGUCUAUAAUGCCGUAUAUGAAAAAACUACCAUCUCUGAAUAAAUUAUUAUUUCGGACUCAGGUUCAGGAGAUGCUCAUCAACGAAAUAUCAAAACUGAACACCCCAUCAAACACAGUAUCUUCAAUGAUGGGUUACUUCACUUCUAGUGAUUCUAUUCAGUGA